AUGUUUCGUUCCACAUUUACGCGGUUGCCACCCAAGUUUAACUAUGCUCCCCUCAUACCGAAAGUAAGCCAUGCAAAUACCAAAUACCGUCUCCUGAGUAAAGACCAUGUAUCAGUUGUGAAACCUGGCAACGGACUUCCUGACAUCCUUAAAGUAGAACCACAGGCUCUCAGCUUGCUGACUUCCGCGGCAUUUGAUGACAUCGAGCACCUACUACGGCCCUCACACUUAGCGUGUUUGCGCCGAAUCUUCGAUGACCCCGAGGCGAGCGACAACGAUCGCUUCGUCGCUUUGCAAUUUCUCAAGAACGCGUGCAUUUCGGCCGGGCGUAUUCUACCCGGAUGCCAGGAUACGGGUACCGCCAUCAUCGCGGGGUACCGCGGCGAGCAGGUCUACGUCACGGGCAAUGACGAGGAGGCCAUUAGCCGCGGUGUAUUCGAUAUAUUUCAACAGCGUAAUUUACGCUUUAGUCAAAUCGUCCCGGUUGGGAUGUUUGACGAAAAGAAUACAGGCACCAACCUUCCCGCGCAGAUCGAUUUAUAUGCUACGAAAGGCAUGGAAUACACCUUUUUUUUGUCGCCAAGGGGGGUGGCUCUGCCAACAAGAGCUUUCUUCUUCAGGAGACCAAGUCCGUGCUCAACCCCAAAUGUAUGCGCCUAUUUCUACAGGAAAAGCUCGCCCUGUUCGGGACGUCAGCCUGCCCCCCUUAUCAUGUCUCCGUUGUGA